AUGACAACGAUAACAUCUUCAAAUCAGUAUUCUCUCCAUCAUCACCAUCAUCAUCAUCAUUUGCAUCCGCUGAGUCCACAGUCGGUUUUAACAAUUCAAAAUACGGCCGUUGUUGCACAACCUGGCAGUUCUCCUGCAAUACCCUACGAUGCAACACCACCUUAUCAUUUCUAUUCUUCUUCUGCAUCAAAAGAAUUGUACAAUAAUUCAAACGACAUUAAAUGGAAUCAUCACCAUCAUCAUCAACAACAAUCAUAUCUAAUUCAAGAUUCCAAUAGUCCACCACCUCAAUUAACAAAUAAAACUCCAACAUCUGGUGGUAGUAAUACACCAAGUCCACCACAUUCACCACUAUGGCAUCAACAACAACAAUCUGGCGUCAUAAUGCAGCAUAAAGAUAAAGAUGGAACACAAACACAAAAUGGGUAUAUUCGAAAUUUACCAGGACAAUCUCAAAAUAACUUUCUCUCACCAUGGCCAUUAUCAACCAACAAUGGUUUUAAUCAUCCCUACUUUCAUGCUGCUGUGGCACAUAAUCAUUCUCAUCAUCAACAUCAUCCGUCUCAUGAACUUCAUCUUCAACAGUCACAAUCACAUCCAGGAGGUCAACAGUAUGUUAAUCCUAAUGAUCCUUUAAUUGGUAGUCUCAUGAGUGGCAAUGGCAGUGGUGGCCGAGAUGAUGACUGUCAGAGUGAAGAAGAACAAAUUGAUAAUAAUGAUUUAGAUCGUUUUGCUAAACAAUUUAAACAAAGACGAAUCAAAUUGGGUUAUACACAAGCGGAUGUGGGUCUAGCACUUGGUAAUCUCUAUGGUAAUGUCUUCAGUCAAACCACCAUUUGUCGAUUUGAAGCUCUUCAAUUAAGUUUUAAAAACAUGUGUAAACUGAAACCAUUACUUCAAAAAUGGCUCGAAGAUUCGGAGUCUCAAACGGGUACAUCGAAUUCCAUGGAAAAAAUUGCGGCUAGUGGACGUAAACGUAAAAAACGUACAUCGAUCGAAGUAUCAAUUAAACAAGCAUUAGAAAUUAAUUUUUCUCGUAAUCCAAAACCCGCUGCACAAGAUAUUGCUGCAUUGGCCGAUCAACUGGGAUUAGAAAAAGAAGUUGUACGUGUUUGGUUUUGUAAUCGACGACAAAAAGAAAAACGCGUUACACCACCUAUUGGUGAUCAGAAAAACGGGAAUGAUGAACAAACAACAGUAGAUAUGUUCGGAUUUCAAGAAGGAAGAAAUGUGGGAACAGAUGAAAAUGAAAGAUUACCAUUACUCGAACAUAUGGGUAUGAAUAAUUUUCAUCCACACGCUCAUUAUCAUCCACAACAAUUUAAACAGAGACUAUCACCUAGUCCUAACGUAAAUGAUUCAUCAACACUUUAUGGUGGAAGGUAA